GACAGCAAUCUCUGUCCUGGAUGAUGAUAUGGGUACUGCGCUGCUAUUUAUGUCGUUCUGAUUAUAUGAAAACCCAAAAUCUUAACUCCUUCGCUUUUUCAAGAAUAACAGGCAGUACUGUUUUUUCCGAAGUUUUAACAUGCCGAGCAAUAAGCUUGAUAAACCCGAAAAGCUGGAGAUAAGUGAUAAUGUCAAAGUGGUGGUGAGAUGUCGUCCACUCAACCAGAAAGAGAAAAUGAUGGGCCACAAACAGGCCGUCAUUGUGGAUGAGAUCCGAGGGACCAUAACAGUGAACAAGCUGGAAACUCCCCAUGAGCCUCCCAAGACCUUCACCUUUGACACCGUGUUUGGUCCUGACAGCAAACAGCUGGAUGUUUACAAUCUCACAGCUCGUCCAAUCAUUGAUUCAGUUUUAGAGGGUUACAAUGGCACUAUCUUUGCAUAUGGGCAGACUGGUACUGGAAAAACAUUUACCAUGGAGGGUGUUCGGGCAGUGCCAGAACUCAGAGGGAUAAUCCCUAACUCCUUCGCUCAUGUGUUUGGUCAUAUUGCCAAAGCAGAGGGAGACACCCGGUUUUUGGUUCGUGUGUCAUACCUUGAGAUUUACAAUGAGGAAGUGCGGGACUUGUUGGGCAAGGACCAGAUGCAAAGGCUAGAGGUGAAAGAAAGACCUGAUGUUGGUGUAUAUAUCAAAGACCUCUCUGGUUAUGUGGUGAACAAUGCUGAUGACAUGGACAGAAUCAUGACGCUGGGGCACAAAAAUCGCUCUGUUGGUGCCACCAACAUGAACGAGCACAGUUCUCGCUCCCACGCCAUUUUCACCAUCACUAUUGAGUGCAGUGAGAAAGGUGUUGAUGGAAAUCAACAUGUUCGCAUGGGCAAACUUCAUCUGGUUGAUCUUGCGGGCUCUGAGAGGCAGGGAAAGACUGGAGCCACAGGGCAGCGUUUAAAAGAGGCAACAAAGAUCAAUCUAUCUCUGUCAACCCUGGGUAAUGUCAUCUCUGCUCUGGUGGAUGGAAAGAGUACACAUGUGCCCUACAGGAACUCUAAACUCACCCGCCUGCUGCAGGAUUCCCUCGGAGGAAACUCCAAGACCAUGAUGUGUGCAAAUAUAGGCCCAGCAGACUAUAACUAUGAUGAAACCAUCAGCACCCUGCGCUAUGCUAAUCGAGCCAAGAACAUCAAGAACAAAGCCAGGAUCAAUGAAGACCCUAAAGAUGCCCUGCUGCGCCAGUUUCAGAAGGAGAUUGAGGAGCUGAAGAAGAAACUAGAAGAAGGGGAGGAAAUCUCUGGAUCAGAGGGCAGUGGAUCAGAAGAGAUGGAUGAAGGUGAUGAGGAAGGAGGGGAGACGGGAGAAGGCCGAAAGAGAAGAAGAGGGAAGAAGAAGGUUUCCCCAGACAAGAUGGUGGAGAUGCAGGCUAAGAUUGAAGAGGAGAGGAAGGCCCUGGAAGCCAAGCUGGACAUGGAGGAAGAGGAGAGGAACAAGGCAAGGGCUGAGCUGGAGAAGAGGGAAAAGGACCUUCUGAAAGCCCAGCAGGAACACCAUCUUCUGCUUGAGAAGUUGUCUGCUCUAGAGAAGAAAGUGAUUGUGGGUGGAGUGGACCUCCUGGCUAAGGCUGAGGAGCAGGAGAAACUCCUGCAGGAGUCCAACAAUGAGCUCGAGGAACGCCGCAGGAGGGCUGAGCAGCUCCGCAAAGAACUUGAGGAGAAAGAGCAAGAGCGUCUAGACAUUGAGGAGAAAUACACCAGCCUUCAGGAGGAGGCCCAAGGAAAGACAAAGAAACUGAAGAAAGUGUGGACCAUGCUGAUGGCUGCAAAAUCAGAAAUGGCUGAUCUGCAGCAAGAGCAUCUCCGGGAGAGAGAGGGCCUCUCAGAGAACAUUCGCCAGCUGAGUCGAGAGCUCCAGCUGCAGAUGCUUAUCAUAGACAACUUCAUUCCCCAGGAAUACCAGGAGAUGAUAGAGAAUUACGUGCACUGGAAUGAAGAUAUUGGAGAAUGGCAAUUGAAAUGUGUGGCAUACACUGGCAACAAUAUGAGAAAACAGACCCCUGCACCAGACAAGAAAGAAAAAGAUCCAUUUGAAGUAGACCUGUCUCACGUGUACUUGGUGUACACAGAGGAGAGCAUGCGGCAAUCACUGAUGAGACUAGAGAGGCCAAGGACCUCGAAAAGCAGCAAAAGUGGCCGCCCCAAGACUGGCCGGAGGAAAAGAUCUGCUAAGCCAGAGGCGGUAUUAGAAUCUCUUCUGCAGUGAAGUUGGUUCGGAAGACGGUGACUGCAAUUUACAUGUUACAUUUGGAAAAGGAGUCCUUUGUGGAGUCCACAGACUUUAUUGUUGAACUUUAUUUGACAGAUUAUCUGAAUACACUGUAUGGCCAAAAAGGUCUUAAAUGUGAAGAAGAUGUUUUGCAGAGCAUCCACCUUAGGAUCAGACUUCUUGGUCAACAAAGACUUGUUGUUUGUAUAAUGUAAGUCUUGUUUGAGUAUGGUCAGCAUCUUUACGGUGCCUUUGGACACUUUUUGGUGGCGACUGCCUCUGUUUUGAAAUUGUGCUAUUUUACAGCCCUCUUAAAUUAAGGUGAAACUAAACCUCUAACAAGAUUUAUGUUACUUCACUGAUUUUGGGCUGCCAGGUCAGCACUUGUGAAUAUGAACAACGCUUCCAAAACUAGAAUUCACAGAGAUAACAGGAUAAGGGAGGAUGACUUUGUGGACUUCUGAUCUAAAAACCCCUAGCAGAGUUUCACUGUUGAUUGCUAUCAGACUAUCCCUGAAACACCGAACCUGUCACAUGGGGGCAUGAUCACAGAUGAAGCCUUAUACGGGCUUUAAAGAGGUUUCAGGCUUACAGAGAAACUUGUUCAUGUUAAGUUAACUCUGCUUCAUUAGUUUAUGAUCAUAACAGUAACAUAAUAAUGUGAACAUAUUAACUUGAGGUUAGAAACAUAUACUUUGGGCACAAGCUUUAGUCUUAAACACUUGUUUUUCAUGUUAAAAAAAGCGAAGAGGGGUCUUCAACUUCUUCCAUUGAGUCUUGUUGUAUGCUAGAACACUGGUAAUCAUUUACCCAAAUAUUAAGCAUUUCAAAUAGGGGAAUCAAAUUACAAAUAUUGUAAUCAAACUGAAUGUCAAACUUGCUUUCUUUUUGGUCAAAAUGAUAGGACAUGCAUGCCAUUCAGCUCCUACAGUAGUACCAUUUGCAUGUGAUACACUAAGCAGUUAAUUUUUAGCUUUUAAACCAUUUCAAAUGUCUUAACACUUCUCUUAUUGAGACAUAGUAUAUGCCUUUGUAUAAUGCACUAGGAUGUGUUUUAUUUAUGGAGCUCAUUUCAUCUUCGUGGUAUAUUGUAGUGAAAGAGCGCUGACUUAAUUUUGUAUUACACUGUAUGUCGAAUGUUUACGUCCACCUGCUAUCUCUC